AUGAAUGCUAAAUUUGAUGCUCUAUGCAGAUUUUUUGUUUAAGGUAAUUGUAGGCAAGGAGACCAAUGCAAAUAUUCCCAUGACACAUCAAAUAUUGAGAAAGUUAAUUUAGACAGAGAUGAUAAGGGAAAACUGAAUUUGAAGAAGACUAAUGAUUUUUAAUCACAAGAUAGAAAAAUUUUUAGAGGCAGAGGCAGAGGAAGAGGUUACAUAGAUAGAAGUUAGGAAGAGUAAUAAACCAAAGAAGAUAAUAAAAUAGAUAAAAGCGAGAGAAAUGAGUAUAAAUAGAGAUAGCAAUAAUCAAAGAUAUCUUAUGAUCAAAAUAGCUUCCAGCGAUAUGGAUAAUCAUAGGAGGGAAAUGAGAAUAGAUAAGUGAAAUAGAAAUUUGAUCGAAAUUUUGAUGAAUAGAAAAAUUAGAAUCAGUAACCUACGCAUAGAGAGAAACAUAAUUUUAAUUAAGAGAAGAAUAAUGUUAAUUCGGAGAGGUGGUAAAGAAAUCAGGAGAAUGAGAAUGGAGAGGAUUAGCAAUAAUUUCGUUAAAAUACACGUGGAAGAGGAAGAGGCAGAGGUAGAGAAGGUAGAGAAAAUACAUUUACAAAAAGAGAUUAGAUAUAAGAUGAAGAGAGGGAUAAAGAGAGAGGGAAUUAGAGUGAAUGGUAAAUAGAAACUGUUAGUCUCACAAAGAAAGUGAAAAAGAAUGAGAUUUAAGUAAAAACGAGGUCUUAAGUGUUGAAUUUGGAAUAAAAGAAAAAUAUAGAUAGUCUAAUUCAAAUCGCAGGAUAUCAUUUUUAAUUUCUAGGUAUUUUGAAAUCAGAUGCAAUUGAUUUUUAUUAAAUCCCAUUCAAAAGAAGUGGGAGCGACAUAAUAGAUGAAGAAAAGAAAGUAACAAUUAGUCAUUUAGAUAAAUAAUUUAUUUCUGCUUUUAUAUAAGAACAUCCAAAUAAUGGUUAUACACUUAUUAUACAAUUUUAGAAGGAGGAGGAAUCAUUUAAAAAUCUAUUGAUAUUUCAUAAUGUGUUUCAAUAGUAAUGUCCUUAUAUUAUAUCUGAUAUAUCAAUGAAAGAGAUUGUCUAUACAAACUUUGAGGAUGGAUAAUUAUAUACAUUUUGUAAAGAUGGAUUGAUCAGGAUAUUCUCAUUAGGAAUGAGAUGGGAUAGUUAAAGUGCACUUAACAUUACAAUGUUGAACAAUCCAUGGAGAGUGUAAUUAAGGUUGGGAACAAUUACUUGA